AUGGCGAAGUCCACUCGCUCAAAAUGGAAGAAACUCCACCGCCGGCAGCGCGCCGAGGCCGAGCGGGAGCACACUGCGGAGCGCCUUCGCAAGCUCCACCACAAGCUGGUUUUAACCGCCAAAGGUGGGAUCAGCGCGAUCCCCCCGCAGGAUCCCGAAACGCGAUUUCACUUUCUCAACCCCGAGCUCGACCCCCGGGUGCCGAACACGAGCGCGCACCUCAACACGAACUACCGAAUGGAUCCGAACGCCGGAAAGGAAGACUUCUCCAAACCCCUCAGGCUGCCUCCGCCGCGGACGUGUUUUUACGGGAAAUCGAACCCGAACGGGCCGCAUCCGCAGGCGGUGAAUUUUGAGGUGAUCGACGCGGACGCCCCGAUCGGGGGUCACGCCUUGACGAAGGCGGAUGUCGAACGGAUGCUCGCGAAACGGCAAAACGACGACGCCGCACAAAAGAAGGGGGGGCCUUCUGAAGGCAUCCCCGAUGCGCGCGAAGAAAACGAGGAGGCGGAGCUCGACAGCGCAUCUGAUGCCCCGGAGGAGUACGUGUUUGAGUUUGAAAAGCCCACCUGGCGGAAGGCGGAUUCGAAAAAACAAAAGGGAAAAGAAAAGAAGGGAACGAAAGGCACGACGGCGGAUGGCGAGCUCGCCGUGGCGGAGGAUCUCGCGCGGGUUGAAGCGGAAGAGGGGCGGACGGCGGCGCGGAUUAAGAGCAUGGAGGCGCCACAAAAACGAAAAGGCGCCGUCGUCGCCACCGGGGGAUCGAGCAAGGUGAAGAAGAUCAGCUCGAACAAAAGCGUGGAGACGCGUCGUAUCGUGAGCAGCGGUAGCAAGGCCGCAAAGAAGCUAGCGAAACCCCCCCGCAAGGGCGGGAAGACGGUCGUGCUAUAG